CUCGAUGCGGCCGCUCAGUAUUCGCGCAGUCGUCGUUGCGGUUGGACUUGUUUCCUCUUUAAUUAUAUAUGUAUACAUGUGAGUGCGUCACGAAAGAGAUCUGUGAGUACGAGCGAACGCGCAGGACGUCGCGUGUGACGAGUUGUUAUCCGUAAGCGGCGCAAAGUGACCGUGACGAUUAGCUAGAGGCUUCGAUCAGGUAGACACGACUGAAGAAUUAUUCGUACAUUAAAUCGAUGAAACGAUCAUUAUCCCGGAAAUAUCUGAGAUUUCUUAAUUUCAGUAUGUCACUAGUGCCACACGAACGGCCAACGCAAGAAUUCCAGAGAAGCACUCGAAAAUAAGCACACGAAGAGGCACACGAAGAGACGGCAGAUGGUGUGAAUUUCGAUGUGGCGGUCUUGGUAUCUAUAAUUUUUUGUCGGUUGAAUCACCGAGGGUUCUAGGGCGAUAAUCAGUGAUAUCAGGGAAAAAUAAACGGAGAGUGAUAAAUAUAUGUGGAGUGCGCCUGUUUUGAUUUGAUUUCGAGCACACGCGUUCGCAUAGAAAGCGUGGCCUAAUAAAACGAGCGAUCUCCGUCGUCCGUUGGUGAGUUUCAUUGCGUGACAAGUAAAACGAGGAAGUACAUCGAGAUCGUGAGAUCCAAACAGCGAGAUCUCUCCAUCGCGCGAGAAAGAGUAGAUCGCGCGAUACACAGAAGUGUCGCGACGCGAGCGUUCAAUAGCUAAUUGUCGUGCAUUCGAUCUAUUAAUCGAUUGUUCAAUCGUGUCAACUGAAGUAGCACUUCGUGGCGAGUUAAUGCCGCGCACAAGGACCGAUGGAAGCAACGAAAACGAAGUCGAGGCCGAACCCGAGGGAGAAUACGAGUAUCUUAUCGGUGUUACUAUGGUGGUGGACUAUCACCCUAUUCAAGACAGGAUACAAGAAGAAUCUCGAGGCAGACGAUUUAUACGAUCCCCUGAAAGUGGACCGAUCGAGUUUGCUCGGUGACCGAUUAGAAAAACGAUGGAAGAUCGAGCUGGAAAAUUCGAAGAGACGGAAUCGUCGGCCAAGUCUGCUGAAAAGCAUCUUCCGCACAUUCCUUUUUGAAUACUCCAUGCUGGGAUUGGUGCAAAUUCUUAACGAAUUCGUGAUAAGGUUAGGCACGCCGUUGCUGUUGGGAGGUCUUCUACGAUAUUUCCGCAAGGAUUCCACACUGACGUACGAAGUCGCCCUGUGUUACGCGGCUGGGAUUUGCGUGGCGACUGCGGUAAACGUGUUAAGCGGCAAUCAAACGAUCUUCAAUGCGUUCCACAUAGGCGCGAAAGUUCGCGUGGCCGUCUGCUCCGUGGUGUACAGAAAGGCGUUGCGACUGAGUAAAACCGCGCUGGGAGAAACGGCACCGGGAAAAGUGGUUAAUCUAGUGGCCAACGAUGUCAAUCGAUUUGAUCUCGUCACCAUCUUCAUCCAUUAUAUGUGGUCGGCGCCUCUAUCUGCCAUUGUCGUCGCUUAUAUCCUCUACACGGAGGUCGGAUACGCCGGUCUCAUCGGUAUCGCCGCGAUCUUCGUGGUCGUGCCGAUUCAAUCCUACACCGGCAAGCUCUCGUCCAAGUUCCGGCUGCAGACUGCCAUCAAGACUGACGAGAGGGUUCGCUUGAUGGACGAGAUCAUCUCGGGGGUGCAGGUGAUCAAGAUGUACGCCUGGGAGAAGCCGUUUUGCGCCUUGGUCGAGAUGGCUCGCAAGCUGGAGCUGCGGGUAGUUACCAAGAGCUCGUACAUCCGCGGUAUCUACAUGACCUUCAACCUCUUCAACACUCGGAUGGCGCUUUAUUGCACGAUCAUCUCCAUGCUACUGUUCGGCCACGAGCUGUCUGCCGACAAAGUCUUCGUUGUCUCGUCGUAUUUCAACGUCCUCGCACAAACUAUGUGCGGCAUGUUUGUGCGAGGCUUCGCCGAGCUGGCCGAAUGCAUGGUGGCAAUUCGCAGGCUUCAAUACUUUCUCAUGUACGAGGAGUUUCAGGGCAACAAUAUCGUUGUCUCUAAGAUGCUAUCCAACAGCUACAACGGUGGGAUCAAUGAGCACCGGCAGAUCUCAAACAAAGUUUCCAGACAGGACUUGCCUUACAUCGACGACGAGGUGAGCAACCAUGAAGCCCGCGAGGAGGUCGACUUGAAGAAACAUAACGGGCUGGUGAUUGUUGCCAGCGACUUAUUGAGGAACACUGCCAACAUUAUAGAAGAAAACAGGUGGUCUCUUGUACAUGACGAUAACUGGGCCGUCAGAAUGACUAACGUCACCUCCAAGUGGGAGAUCAGUCAUUCAGAAAACACGUUGGACAAUGUGAACCUGCAAUUGGAGAAGGGCAAAUUGUACGGAGUGAUCGGUAUGGUUGGUAGCGGCAAAAGUUCAUUCUUGUCCGCAAUUUUGGGCGAGAUUACAUUAGUAGAAGGCAAAGUGAAGGUAAACGGCAGCAUGAGUUACGCCAGUCAAGAAGCCUGGGUAUUCGGCUCCACCAUCAGGCAGAACAUUCUCUUCGGCCAGACUUACGAUCGUCACAGAUACCAGAAAGUGAUUAAGGCCUGCGCCCUGCAGAAGGAUUUCCAGCAGUUCCCGCAGGGCGAUCAGACCGUUGUAGGUGAACGAGGCAGCUCAUUGUCGGGCGGUCAGAAGGCUAGGAUCAAUUUGGCCAGAGCUCUAUACAGGCAGGCGGAUAUCUACCUGUUGGAUGAUCCUUUGAGCGCGGUCGACGCGCAUGUGAGCAAACACCUGUUCCAAGAGAGCAUACAGAAAUAUCUGGCUAGAAAGACGAGAAUUCUGGCUACUCAUCAGCUGCAGUAUAUCAAGGGAGUGGACGGCAUAAUACUACUCGAGCAAGGGAAAGUGAAGUACUUCUCGCGGUAUAAUGAUCUGUUGGAUUAUCGACCAGAAUACGGAGAACUUGUAUCCACCGGAAAGAGCAGCACUGAAAUGAGCGGUGCCGAGAUAAGUGACGACUCGUCCAUAGAAAGAAGCAUGAAGAGGCAAUUUUCUACUGCGAGCAACAGGAGUCGCACUCCGGAAGCCAGCAGUGGCGGCACUGACGACGAAGACGCGAUAGAUGACGAAGAUGAGGAGAAACUAGGGGACGGUCUUGAAGAGACAUCACGUGGCAUGGUGAAGGGUCCUAUAUUUAUCAAAUUCUUCCAAACUGGUGCCAAUCUAUGUGUAGCUUUCAUCGUUCUGUUGAUGUUUAUCAUCACGCAAUUUGUCGUCAGUCUCAAUGACUAUUUUGUGCCAAUUUUGAUCAACGUUGAAGAGAAUCGGUACUAUCCGACCAAUCUUGAAAGCUACAACGGCACGGAUAACGACAAAGCGAACGCGACGAGUUCUGAUACAAACGCGUUGUCGAUGCACACAUACAUCUACAUCUACACCGGUAUCGUGCUGGGCAUCUUCUUCCUCGGUAUCACCAGAUCCUUGUUUUUCUACAAAACGUGUAUGACGUGCAGUCAACGGUUGCACGAUCUGAUGUUCAGUGCACUAAUUCGCACGGGAAUGCGUUUUUUUGAUACUAACCCGAGCGGUAGGAUCCUCAACAGGUUCUCUAAGGACAUGGGCACUAUCGAUGAAUUGUUGCCUAAAGCAAUUCUGGACGCUGGCCAGAUGAACAUGGUGAUGCUCGGCGCGGUAAUAGUGACCUGCGUGAUCAAUCCGAUCUUUCUGGCGCCCGUCACGAUCAUCGGCUUCAUAUUCUACUGGAUCAGAAAGGUCUACCUCAAGACCAGCAAAAAUAUCAAGCGGCUAGAAGCAAUCAUGCGCUCACCAGUAUUCACUCAUUUAAACGCCACUUUGAACGGGCUGACGACCAUCAGAGCAUACUGCGCCCAAGACAUACUGAAACGAGAAUUUGACAAGCUGCAAGAUCAACACACGUCCACCACUUACAUGUACAUCGUGACGAGUACGGCAUUUGGAUUUUUCCUCGACGUAUUUUGCUUCAUCUUUACGUCGCUCGUCACCUUCAGUUUCCUAAUACUGAAUGAGUCAUUUUCCGGCGGCGCUGUCGGAUUGGCUAUCACGCAAGUAAUGGCCAUAACUCAAAUCAUUCAAUGGGGUAUGCGACAAAGCGCGGAAGUGACGAACCAGAUGAUGGCGGUGGAACGUGUGCUUGAGUAUAUUCAGCUUAAGCCGGAGCCAAAUCUCAAAGAUCGAGGGUUGUGUCUGAAGACGAAGGAUAAGGAAUAUGUUGCGUUGCCAGCCCCCAUUCCGUCAAAUUGGCCUAACAAAGGCUAUGUCAAGUUCAAGGACGUCUUUAUGCGCUAUGCGGACGAUCAUCCACCUGUUCUCAAAGGAUUGAACAUAGUGAUUCAAUCCGGACAAAAGGUCGGUAUAGUAGGACGAACGGGCGCGGGAAAAUCAUCGCUGAUAGCUGCGCUAUUUCGACUGGCGAAAAUAGAGGGUGUUGUCGAAAUCGACGGUGUGGACACGGGUACGAUCGCUUUGGACGACCUACGACGCAAGAUAUCCAUCAUCCCUCAGGACCCAGUGCUCUUCUCGGGCACCUUACGGCGUAAUUUGGAUCCCUUCGACGAAUUCCCCGACUGCAACUUGUGGGCAGCUCUCGAAGAGGUCGAGCUGAAGGACGCAGUCGUGACCGUCGGGAAUGGUUUGGAGAGUCGCGUGUUCGACCGCGGCAGCAAUUACAGUGUCGGUCAGAGACAAUUGGUCUGCUUGGCGAGAGCAAUUCUGAGGAACAAUCGUAUACUGAUGUUGGACGAGGCAACCGCGAAUGUGGACCCAUACACAGAUGCGUUGAUUCAACGGACAAUCAGGAAGAAAUUUGCGACCUGCACGAUGCUCACCGUGGCGCAUCGAUUGAAUACUAUUAUGGACAGCGACAAGGUUCUGGUGAUGGAUAAAGGUCGUCUAGUUGAAUACGAUCAUCCUCAUAUAUUACUAAAAAACAGCCAUAGUCAAUUUACUUCGUUGGUGAAGGAGACCGGUCGAGCUAUGUACGAUCAACUGGUCAAAAUAGCAAAACAAUCUUAUCACGACAAGUAUGGAGAAACAUAA